UUGCACGUUGCACUCCUCUGUCACGUGACGCUGGUACUGUCAUCACCGGCGUCACGUGACACGCCGACACUUCCUACUACAAGAUGUGUACUUGAGAGACUUCUCCUCUGACAGGUCUACUUCCAUAGAAGUGACAAAAGAUUCAACAUGGAUGGAUUUGCCUUAAAUCUUACAGAGGCAGUGUGUCUUGGGGCCAGCCUGGGCCUCUCUGGCAUCUGCUAUUACGUCUACAGAAAGAGUCGGACAACGCUAGAUAAACUCGAUGAUGCUCCACACUUUAACAUAGAUGGCAAACUCCGGGACAUUUUGAAAGUCACCCCAGGAGCGUGUCUUCAGUAUGCUGUUGUUGAAGGUGCUGUGCAACCAGUCGGAGAGCCUCUGACGAGUCACUUCCAGAAAGAAUAUGUAGGAGUGUUGCAGAAAUUCAUGUUAAAAGAACACAGGCUAGUGUGGAACAGCAUAUCACGGACAUGGACCGACAGCGAACGGUUAUUACACCAAAGAGUGAACUCAGUCCCCUUCCUGUUAGUGGGAUCAGAUCAGAACACAGUCAAAGUCCUGUGUCCGCUGCAGGCCUCUGGGGAUCACAUGGAGAUCACUUAUGAGAGGUUCCACCAAGUCAAUUACGGCUUGGGUGACAUUGUUGGACAAUACCUCAGUGGGGAGAAGAUUAAAGGACAACUGGAGACAGAGGAAAUGCUGAAAGUAGGAGCAACACUCACAGGUAUAGGUGAGUUGGUUCUGGACACAGACGGCACCUUGAACCUCCGCCCCCCUGCUAACGGUUCUCCGUAUAUUUUGAGCACUGCAGACUUUGAGACUCUGAGAGGAGAGCAGGAAAGCACAGCUGUGUUGUGGAAGGCUCUAGGCAUUGCUUCCGCUUUGGCUGGAGCGGCAGUGCUCCUCUGGGUAGGUCGACGUUACUACAACCAAUUGAAAAUUCGCUGGGAGCGGGAGCAAGAGAGGAGGGAAUUUGAAAGGUUUCGGGCUGAAGUCCCACCAGCACGUGCUCGAGUGACAGCCUCCGAUCAGGACGAGGAAGAACCCGCAGAAAACGCCUGUGUCAUUUGCCUCACUCAGCCACGUAACUGUAUUCUGUUGGACUGUGGCCAUGUGUGCUGCUGCCACAGCUGCUGCCAGGCACUUCCACAACGCAGGUGCCCCAUUUGUAGACGGGACAUCGUGAGAGUGGUGCCUCUUUUCCACGUCUGAAGCGUCUGUAUGACCAUGUGACCUCCACAAAACCAGCUUUACACCUCAAAGGUUAAAACUGUUUUUAUUAUAAAUAAACUGUAGAAAUGUGACCCAUAAUGAUAUUGUGUGAUUGCUUUGCUCAGCACAGUAUUUUAAUGAGGGGCAUUUAUCUCUUAUAAUAAACGGGAAAUACAUGAAUAUGAGGUAAAUGGGGAAGAGGGGUGUUCGUUUAUUUGACAAAGAUUUAUAUUUUCCUACAAGUUUGUCUGGUGCCUUAUUCUUAAUUUAUAUAGCUGCUGCUACGAAUGAACAUACUGUGUGUGUGUGUGUGUGUGUGUGUGUGUGUGUGUGUGUGUGUGUGUGUGUGUGUGUCUGAAUAUCUUAGGUCUGGUGUUAUGAAGCUAAAUGUUUGUUAAACCACUAUCAGUUACAUAUUUAUGUCACUGAAAGUUACUAAAACACAGAUACACUUAGUGCCAAGACAUGCCUCAGUGUUAUGUGUAAUUAUUAGCACUACAGGCUGGAAGUGUGUGUAAAAUGUUUGUUGAAUGAAAUUCAAUAAAACAUCAUUGCAGAA